UGAAUUACGGACAGCGAGAACUCCUUUCAUGUAGCUCUACAAUUUCACAGGUUCCUGUAUCACUGCUUCCAAUUUCUUUUCCUUAGGUUCUUCAGGGGUUUGCCUGCUGCAGACCAGUAGCCGAAGAGAAGUUUUGGAAAAUGUGAUGUGCACUUGUGCCUAUUUGUAGGCCUGCUAUAAAUAGUCUGUCAGCCAGCGCGUGCUCAUGUUUGACUGACAAUUGCAGUGCUUUGCGCUGGGACGGCAAUUUCCAAAAGGACAUUAAGAAAGAAAGAAAUGCUGCUGUACAUAUAGGAAGAGAUAUCAUCUGGUUUUGAAGCUUGCUGACAAGCUAAAUUAAGUUUCGUCGAGUCUGAAGGCCUACAAUUUGUCAGAGAACUCCCUCUUCCUUUGUUUGUUUUAAUUUAUCUGGAUAACCUAGCAAGGGAAAAUGGGUUCCAGGAGAUCAAUCACUCGUGCUUACUCUGCAAACGGAAGAUAUUCUUCCAACAACUCCAACACUGAAAAUGGGGAAGAGACACCUCAGCCCAGCUCUCGACCAGACAGCCGCAAUUACCUGCUCAACGUGAGACCUGAAAACAGCUAUUCACGUCACAGGUACUCUUACUACAAGCCAAUGAGGAGCACUUUCUGCAGUGUUAUAGCCCAGCUGACUGAGGAAACCCAGCCAACCUUUGAGACCACCGUGAAAUCCAAGGCAGUGUCUGAGGACUGUAACGUCAAGUUCUCCUGUGUGGUGUCAGGUUACCCAGAGCCUGAGCUAACUUGGUAUAAAGAUGACAUGGAGAUGGACCGAUAUUGUGGCCUUCCCAAGUAUGAAAUUUUCCGCAACGGCAAAACUCAUUCUCUUCACAUUUACAACUGCACGGAGGAUGAUGCGGCCAUCUAUCAGGUAUCAGCCAGAAACAGCAAAGGCAUAGUCUCCUGUUCUGGUGUUUUAGAGGUGGGCACCAUGAGUGAAUUCAAAAUACAUCAGAGAUGGUUUGCGAAACUUAAACAAAAAGCUCAGAAGAAAAAGAAGGAGCUGGAGGAGACUCGGAAGAAGGGCAGAGAGAACCUCCAGGAGAUCAAGGACCAGCUGAGAAUGGUGAGCCCAGAAAGAUCUCAGAGGAAACGGAGAUCAACCGCGGAAGGUAUCAUACAGUCUCCCAUAUCGCUGCCUGAGAGGGAGGACAUGGUGAAAGUGCAUAUUCAGGACGCAGAGGCCAGGCUACAGGAAGGUACUGCUGAUGGAAAGGAGCAGGCAGCAUCAGCAGCCGAGAUGCCCAAUGGCUUUUCUACAAGUCCUAACGAGACAGGCAGUGCUGAGAAAAGCCCAAUGGAGAAUGGCAAUCAGUUCCUCACGUAUAUCUAUGAAACAGUGGAAAUAAUCACCACAAGGCCACCAAACAAAGAAUUUCUUGCCAAAAAGAAGAUAAAGGUAUCUAAUGGAGUAGAUGGAGGAGAGCUGAGUGAUGAUGUAGGACAGGGCAGAGUUGAUCAUGAAAAUGAGAACGAUGGAGGUAUGAGUUUGUCACAGUAUUUGUCACAGUCCCAUAACUCCAAAACAUCUGAAGGUCCUUUAAAAUCUUCAGUGUCUGAGGAUUUUAUGGAGAUUGACACGAGCUAUGCAAAUUCAGCAGUAGAGCCAGAGGGGGCCAAACAGCAAUGGCCUGCAACUCAGCUUCACAAUAAUUCUGAAGCAAGACAAGAUGCUGAGUCAAUGGAGUGCAAGGAGCCAGAACCUCCUAACCCACCGCCUCCUACUAGCCCGGUAUACUUUUCUUUAAGAGACAUCUUCUUUGCAAACCAAAACCAGACUGAAGAUCAGCUGUUGGAAGUCCCAGAAAAGACAGAGCCUGAAAACAUAAAGGCAGAAGAAGAGAAACCAAAGGUUCCUCAGUUAUCAAUCCCUUCGGUCGCUUUGGGCUGUGAUCAGAAACCAGACGAAAAAAAGGAAUACAAACUGUCAGAUAUGGGCUCAUCUUUAAUUGAAGCAGAUGACAAGCCACCGAUUGUGGAUAUGCAUUCAGACCCCCAAUCUUUAGGGGAACUAGAAAUUCCAGAGUCUCCUGUCCAGGUACAAGAAUCUUCUGUAGCCAAAGAAAACUCGAGUAUGAAUAGUUCUUCUAAACAAGCCGUUACAAUGUCUGAAAUGCAAGGAGUGGAGAUGCCAUGUGGAAAGGAUGUGCUGAUGUCUUAUCCUAUAGAAGAACCAGGAACUUCACAACCAUCUAUAGAGGAAGUCUCUGAAAGUAAACAGAAAGAGCCUGUGCAAGACCAGCCAGCCCUGGCAAUGCUGAGUGAGGUAACGGAUGAGCAAAGGGAAACACAUUUAAAGGAAAUCCGUAUCACUGAGGAUGUGGUUGACACUUCACAGUUAAAUGUAAACGUGCCCUCUUUCAUUUCUACGGAAGAAACAACUGCAUGUGUCAAAGAGUUUAUGACAGAGUCCUCUGUAUUGAACACUCAUGGAGACCAACGGUCCAAUUCUGUGGGCCAAACUGAGCAAAACAUGGAGACUGAAACACAAAAAGGGAUCCCGGAAAGCAUUGCUAACGUUGAUGCUGCUUCCGAAUGUGCCAAACCGACAGGAAACUUCGAUAACAGCCAUCCCCUAGCAAGGAUGGAUCUACAGCAAAAUGAUGUUAAGGACUAUAUGGCUGAAGUGUUGGAUGCAGUCAAGGAAAGUGGAAUAUGUGGCUUAGAUAAACAAGGUGUCGCUAUUCCCCUGGUGGAAGAGACUGCUGUUAGGAUUGAGAUAGAUGUAAUUCCAGAGGAUAUCGUUCAUGAAAAGGAAAGUGAGGUAAAGGAUCUGCAUAGGGAAUUCAAAACUCUUCCUCAGGAACCUAUUGUGCCUCUAGAAUUAAAAAUUCCAGAUAUAGCGAUACGGGAGGUAGAACAAGAAAGUGUUCCAAAGGCAGCAAAUCUGCAAGAGUUAGAGUUACCAGGGGAAUCAGUCCUGGAAAGAGACGUCAAAGGAGUCCCGGAAGUGCCAGUUAUAGUUGCUAGCGAUGAAGUUGCUUUAAAGCAUAGCGAUUCACACACUAGAGUUGAAGCAGUCAGAGAGGACAGCAUUCUUGUGCCACAAGCUGAGGUGGAUAAGAAAGCGCAAGAAGCAAGUGUACAGAAUAUGAGAUCGCAAGAGAACGAUCAAACGAUGGACAAUGUGUCAGGCUUACAGAUAGACAUCAGCAACGAGGCAGAUAUAUUCCCAAGUGCAGGUGUAUCCUGUGAUGCCAGCAAGAGCCUUCCGAAGCCUGAUUCCAGUGCGCAGAACUUAUCCCCCCCAAACAACACACCCUCUGCUACACAGCCUCCACCAGCAGUGCCUUCUGUUUUGGUACCUGCUGUUGUAGUACCUCCUAUUUCCAUCACAUGCUUUGAUGAUGCCUCUCAGGAAGACAAGCAUGCUAAGAGAGAAGUAAUAUCUGUUCCCACGGCAGUUGAGGCUGUGGUUGAACAGGAUGAAUCCUUAAUUACACUGCUACGUCAUGUUAAGAAUGAUCUUGAUGCUGGGAUAAGAUACAGUACUAAAAAGGAAUCUGACAGCAAAGCAGCUCCCCUUCCUAUUGUGGCCAGUACAGAUACAGAUGCUGCAUUGUUAAGUACCAGUGAGCAGCCAGAAAGCAAGGCGGUACUGACUGCUUUGGGAACACCGAAUCGUGUAUCAAGUACUACUAUCUCCGUUCCCUCAAAGCCUGAAGAACAGACCACUCAAGGUGUUGGUUUGUCUGAUAAGCCUUCAAUGAAAAAAGUUUUGCUCGGAAGCAUGGCAAGUCCAAUCCAAAGCCCUUCAACUUUAAGAAGGUUUGCAACAAAGAGUCCCUCAAAUGCAGAAGAGCCAGGACUUGCUACAGUUCCAACAAUCAGAGUGGACAGCCUAUUGCUUGAAGACGCUGCCCACUACGAGAAAGCAGAUGAGCAGCCAGAGAAGAAAGACAGCCUACCGACUGUCCAGUCUGGCGAGAGCAGCCCCAAACUGAGGCACAGUGACAGCCUGACACUCAUCCCGUCUGCCACGCCAGAGGAACUGGCCUCCGGGGCUCGACGGAAGAUCUUUAUUCCUAAACCCAAAACAGAAGAACUUGAGGCAGUGGUCCCAGAUCCACAGCUGAAGAAGGAGGAGGUGUCCAAGAGAAGGCGGCUUUCACAAGAUCUUGAGGUGCCCAGUGUGUCUCCUGGGCAGUCCAGGAGGGGUUUGGCCUUUUUGCAGACUCCUAGCCCCCAGAAUACUCCGCCGAUGGAGAGGCGCUCCCCGACCGUCAGCAGGAGGACAUCCAAUCUGGAAGUGCCCAAGCUGUAUGAAGAAUCGGUGGAUAAGAGUGAAACGUCUAAGGAAGUAGAGGACGUUAAGAAGAAACAAGAUCCAUUUAAAGCUCCCCAGGUGAUCCGGAAGAUCCGUGCGGAGCAGUUCUCUGAUGCUUCAGGACACUUGAAACUCUGGUGCCAGUUCUUCAACGUACUAAGUGACUCAACCAUAACAUGGUACAAAGAUGAAUAUCAGAUUGCUGAACUGAAGAGAAGCUCCGGAGAUGAAGGUCAAGUGGCUCUUGCCAUUGUACAGACGACUAAGAAGGACUGUGGGGUUUAUAAAUGUGAAAUAAACAAUGAAUAUGGAACUGAUGCUACAGAUUGCCUACUUAGUGAAGAAGUAUUGUCCGGGUUCCUUUUACGAGAAGAAUCGGAAGUUGGAGAGGAGAUUGAAAUGACCACCAUGGUGUUCACAAAGGGACUGGCUGAUUCUGGGUCCUCGGGAGACAAGUUCUUUGGAAGGAUCAUGACAGAGGAAGUUCACAUUGAAGAAGGGUGCACAAAGAAAGCGUGCAAGGUGAAGGUUAUCUAUGGAUUGGACCCGAUAUUUGAGUCAGGCAGCACCUGCAUCAUUAAAGUGCGAAACUUCAUUGCGUAUGGGACCAAAAAUGGAAGUGACCUUAUUGAGAGAAACCACGAAAUUACAAAACAGGAGUGCAAAAUCCAAAACACUGCUAGAGAGUACUGUAAAAUAUUCGCUGCAGAGGCAAGGGUAGUGGCAAACUUUGGCCCAGCACCUGAGAUUAUUCCACUGCACCUCAUCUAUCGGCCUGCCAACCCCAUCCCAUAUGCAACAGUGGAGGAAGACUUGAAAGGAUGCUUUGUGAGGUUCUGCUUUAAGGACAGAAGCGGAAAAUUGAUUACGAGGAAUGUUACAGACACUGAACAGAAAUGCUGUGCUUUCCAACACUGGAUUUACCAGUGGACAAAUGGAAACUUACUUGUCACUGACAUGGAAGGUGUUGGAGUGAAGAUCACAAAUAUCGGGGUUGCAACCAAAUCAAAAGGGUAUCAGGGUCUAACAGACAACUGUUGCCCUGUGCUGCUGGAGCAAUUCAUUACACUCCAUCAGUGCAAUCGCUACUGUGGGCUGCUCAGCCUGCGGCCCCUGAAGACCACGGAUACUCUACAGCAGCCAGGGAAACUCAAGGGCUCCAGGAGCCCGCUGUUGAACAGGAAAGUUGGAUCGGGUCCAUCGAGCCCACAGAUGUUGAAAAAGGGAUCGGCGAGCCCUCAGGGCACAAGGAAGGGCACGUCCAGCCCCAAGGUGGUUAAAAAGUCAGACUCAGGAGACAGCAAGACGACAACGAAACAUAAAGCUGUGGAAAUCCCCAAAUCUGUCAAGAUGAGGUAAUCCAAAUUGAGACAACAAACACACCAUCUUGGAAACAUUCUUCCCAGUGUUUCAAUUGGAUUGUGGAGUGGCACUGCAGUGUCAAACCCCAAACUGUGUUGUUCUUUUUAAAGCCUCGAGUUGUUCCUGAGCAAGCUGUGAACUUCUCUGUAAGAACUGUGUGACCCAUCAUUGAACUUGAGAAAGAUGUACAAAAUAAUAAUAAUUAUUGCUCAUUGUUAGAGAAUGUAUAAUGCAACGAGGUUAAAAAAAAAAGUUCAACUUUUGUUUUUUGACAUCUUCUGGUUCAAAUAUAGUAACGACUGUAAAUAUGAGAAUGUAAUGAGCGAUCAUCUUGUUUUUUUAACAAAAUGAGAGAACAGAAACCAAAGACAAUAUUAGUUACUAUUUCAGUAGACUUUGUUUUUAGACUAAAUUGGAGAUUUGUAACAGGGACAGAAAUCAGCAUAUAUAUAUAUAUAUAUAUAUAUAUAUAUAUAUAUAUAUAUAUAUAUAUAUAUAUAUUGCAAAUGCUGGUUCAUCUGCCUUGACAUUUUUGCAGCAUAGUCAUUAUUCAUAUUGCAUGCAAUCAUGACCCAGGGUCUUAAAAUCAAGUUACCAGAUCUCUCAAAAUUGACCAGGACUGACUACAGAAAUACAACAGAGAUAUGAUAUCAAUCAGACCUUCAACUACAAGUUAGAAGUGGUAUCUCAAAAAUAAAUAAAUAAAUAAAUAAAUAAAUAAAUAAAUAAAUACAUUUUAUGUGCGCAAUGGGCUUUGCGAUGCCAGUUAUUUGAACUUUAACCCUGGUGGAAGUAGUAUGGUAAACCUAAGUGAAAGAUAGGUGUCUAUUGCAGACCAUGCACUGGCUGGGGCCUCCUUCAGAUGGAUAGCGGAAGGUUAUUUGAGGUUUAGCCUUGUGUACAUGUGUUUGGUGGAAUGACUCAAGGCCGAUUGGCUGAUAAACUGCAAUCGAAGGAUGUUAACCACUGGGGGUUCAUCUGAAGUGUGGUGAUCUUUAAGCCUGUGUCCUUCAAAGACAUCCUUAAUCGAAGUCUGUAGACUGAAAGACGUUAAACAGUUCUGCAAUGACAGUAUGUAAUCUUGUGCAUGGCCGUAGCUAGCUAUGAGGUCACUGAGGUCCAGACUUCGGUUAAAAUGUUAGCUUAAAUGAAAAAAAGUGUUUAAAUGUUAAUUGAUUUAUUAUUUUGAAAUAUAUAUAUACUCUGGUAAAUUAAUGAAACGGUUAACACAUAUAAACUAAAUCUGCUGCUACCGGGAGGGGAGCUGUGUUCAGGGUUCAACGUGCAAGGAAGUUGCCAGAUCAGAGGUUUUCCCUCCAGAUCAGAGGUUUUCCCUCCAGAUCUAGGGGCUUCACGUUUCUGCUCAGUGUAAUCUGGAGGUAAGAAAUGGACAGAAUUUUUUUUUUAAAGGUUUUAGAGGAUUUUCUAAAGUUUAUUUUUGCUGUCUGAAAACAUUUUGUUCUCUAAGAUGUAUUCAUAAUAUACAAGUCCCUCCUUUACUAAGAUGGCGGAUAUGCUGUGACAUCAUGCCUGUUGGCAGCUGCAACCUCUGAUUUUUAUAGAAUUUCUCCAGACAUUCGAUUUAUUUUGACUGCCCAGUAUAAGAUCACUUCAUGUGCAGCAGGUAUUAGGGCCGCUAGGCACACAUAGAGUCUGUGCUGCAUAGCAUUUGAGUGAGAGGCACAGGUGGGGGUCUAGUACUUGUUGCAGAGGAAAUUCAUUUAGUUGUAAGAGCCGUGUUUAAAUGUUGUGCCAGUCAGUGAAUAUAUAUUCUGGAAAAUGAAGAAAAAACGACAUUUACAGAUUUUUUUUUUUUUUUUUUUUUUUUUUUACAAUGUAGCCAUGGUGUGCCAAUAUAAUAUCACUGUAGGUUUAAGGUUUAAGAAUUAUACAAGUGCAGUGCAUUCCAAUGAAUUGCAUACAUAAUAAUUGCAUAGUCCUGUUAACUUUAAAAAAAGUGAAACACUUUUCCUAUGAAAAUGCACAUGCAGUAGAUUCCUGUGAAAUGCAUAUCACGUGUGCCUCACAGUUUUAUGCAUUCAACCAGAAUAAGGAACAUACAUUUUUAAAAGAAAUGUACUUCACAAUUAAAUGUAUUACACUGUAUAUUUCACUGAUAAUUGCAAAUGGUGGUUAAUUGCAUAAAACUGUUAGGCAUCUGGGCUAUGCAAUUAACAAGACUCUACUGUAAUAGGACUUAAUAUGAUGUGCUUCUGGAAUUAUUUAAAGUUGGAUUUCAGUGUCUCUUAAUAAAUUCAGUAUGUAUUGAACAUUU